GAGAAGGUUCUUGUAUUUUUCCAACCUAAUCUCAGGAUUCUAGCGGCAUUAUCAGGCAGCUGAAGGCCUUACAGGGACGUUAAAGGCCAUGAGAUUGCAUGAGUAGAAAUCUUUGGGGUCAUGGGAUGGGAGGUUUUCUUUUCACCUGGAGUUACUUGGAAGUUCCUGAGCACUGGAAUCUGGCAGCACUUUAAGCAAUCGUAGUUGGGAAAAGCGCUCUACUGCAGCGAAGUAUAUUUGAAUAGAAGCUCUGGAAAAAGGGAGAAGUUGCCUCGUAGUAAUGCUCAGAUAAAUAAAGCCUUAGCGAGACGAUCAAGGGUACUAUUUAAUUCAAACUAAGAAUAAAGCUUGAAGCAGGGCAUCUUUGGGUGAAGCCCACCAUGUCCCUAAAAAAGCUUCUGGGUUUAGCUUUUACUUUUCAAACCACUUAAGCUUUACUCUUUUAAUUUAGCCCCUUCGUUUGCUUUUUCGCAAUGCCAUACCUGUGAAAUGAAGAAAAAGAUAGGCGUGGGGAUCACAUCCAAAGAUCAACCUUUAAAGACAUGUAACUCUUCCUUCACACCCUUCCACACCAUGCAUUUUAGUCGAUUCCUAAACGUAAAAGCAAAUCUUUUCUCUUUCUCUCUUUUUUUAAAAAAAAUUGAGAGUGGAUGGCUCGCAAACUUAAGUGUUGCAACUCCACUGAUUUAACAAGACUAAUAAUUAUAUUAUCAAAAGACAAUAAAUUACCAGACGGUAAAAAAGAUUGAUUUAUCCCGGGUAACUUUUGGAAUCAGUGGAACAGUGUGUCUUCUCCAUGACGCAUUAAGGUCAUGCACCCUCGCCAACCCAUUACCACCGCAACUUUAUUCCCUCCACCCUCUCAUCUUUUUAAACACGAUUUGAGCUGUUACAGAUAUAAAAGAGUCGAUCGUAUUCAUGUUCACGAUUUGACACAGCUUCUCAAUGAAACAACUCUUCUUAGCUCCUGCAACAUGAAGCCACCCAUCAUUUACAAUCCCUUUCAUUUGCCCAGUACAUGAAUCUUUAUGUGAUCACUUUGCUUCCGAACUGCGGUUAAAGCUUAAAUUGGUUUUAAGCGCGCCACUCCUCUUCCUUGAAGAAGAAUUGGCGCCCGCCGCGGAGAAUGAGCUAUGAAGUUGGUGGUAGAAGUAGUAGAAGCCCAUGAUCUUAUGCCCAAGGACGGGGAGGGCUCGUCGAGCGCGUUCGCGGAAGUCGACUUCGGUAACCAGAUUACGAGAACAAGAACUGUUCCUAAAGAUCUCAACCCUGCGUGGAACGAGAAGAUCUCAUUCUUUCUCGACGACGACCCGGAGGGUACUGCUGCCGACCUUUCGAAGCGGCAGAUUGAGGUGAGCGUCUACCACGAGAGGAAGGGGUUUCCGGGCCACGGUUUUCUCGGCAGGGUGCGGAUCCUCGGGUCGAAUAUAGUGAAGCAGGGGGAGGAGAUUGUUCAUCUGUUCCCACUAGAGAGGAAGUGGUUCUUCUCUCCGGUUAAAGGCGAGAUCGCGUUGAAGGUUUACGUCUCCCCCGAACCGAAAUCUCCUCCGCCUGGUUCAGCUUCUGCUGAGAAGUCGAAGGUCUCUUCGAAUUGUGGUGUUGCAGGCUCUGAAGAAGAAAAGGAACCAAGUACUAUAGUUGCUCAAGCGCCAACGCCGCCUAAGAAAGAAGAAAAGGAAGAAGGAGAAGAAGAAGCAGAGGAAGUGAUAAAAGUAGAGACGACGCACCACAUAAACAAGCAACAGGUCUCGUCCCAGCCCGGAAAAUCUGUAGAGCAGCAGACUCCGGCGACGGUCCCCGUGGUGCCCGUCAUGGCGUACCAACAGGUCCACUUCGGCCAGGCUCAGCCGAGCCGCGCAGAGGAGUACAAGCUCAAGGACACGAAGCCUCAGCUCGGGGAGCGGUGGCCGAUCGGAGGCGGCCACGUUCGCGGGUCCGGAGGCGGCUGGAUGGGCCUCGGCACCGGCGACAAGUUCACGAGCACCUACGACCUCGUCGAACAGAUGUACUACUUGUACGUGCGCGUCGUGAAGGCGAAGGACCUCCCCGCGAACCCCAUUACCGGGAGCUGCGACCCUUACGUGGAGGCAAAGCUCGGAAACUACAAAGGAACCACCAGACACUACGAAAAGAGGAUGAACCCGGAAUGGAACCAGGUGUUUGCGUUCUCGAAAGAGAGGAUCCAGUCCACGGUUCUUGAAGUGUUCGUGAAGGAUAAGGAGAUGGUCACGAGAGAUGAGUACGUCGGUAAGGUGGUGUUCGAUUUGAACGAGGUCCCGACGCGCGUCCCCCCAGAUAGCCCGCUGGCGCCUCAGUGGUACCGGCUCGAGGACCGCCGCGGGGAGGGGUUUAAGGUGAGGGGGGAGAUCAUGCUGGCGGUGUGGAUCGGGACGCAGGCCGACGAGGCGUUCCCGGAUGCAUGGCACGCCGACGCGGCGUCGGUGCAAGGGGAGGGCGUGUAUAGUAUCCGGUCCAAGGUGUACGUGUCGCCGAAGCUGUGGUACCUCCGGGUGAACGUGAUCGAGGCGCAGGACGUCGAGCCCAACGAGAAGGGCCGGCUGCCGGAGGUGUUCGUGAAGGCUCAAGUCGGCAACCAGGUGCUGAAGACGAAGCCGUGCCCGAUGAGGCCGGGGCUGAGUCCCAUGUGGAACGAGGACCUGGUGUUCGUCGCCGCGGAACCUUUCGACGAACAGCUGGUGCUGACGGUGGAGGACCGGGUGUCGGCCACCAAGGACGAGGUGCUGGGCCGGGCUGCGCUGCCGCUGACGCUGUUCGAGAAGCGUUUAGACCACCGCCCGGUCCACUCUCGCUGGUUCAACCUGGAGCGCUUCGGCUUUGCGGUGCUCGAGGGAAACCAUCGGAAGGAGCUCCGGUUCGCGAGCCGUGUCCACCUCCGGGUGUGCCUGGAAGGAGCCUACCACGUGAUGGACGAGUCGACAAUGUACAUCAGCGACACGCGCCCCACGGCGCGCCAGCUGUGGAAGCCGCCGAUCGGCGUGCUGGAAGUCGGCAUUCUCAGCGCGCAGGGGCUGAUGCCGAUGAAGGCCAAAGACAGCCGCGGCACCACCGACGCGUACUGCGUCGCCAAGUACGGCCAGAAAUGGGUGCGCACGCGCACCGUCGUCAGCUCGUUCAGCCCGAAGUGGAACGAGCAGUACACCUGGGAGGUCUACGACCCCUGCACCGUGAUCACGCUCGGCGUGUUCGACAACUGCCAUCUCGGCAACAGCGGCGGCGGCAACAGCAACGGCGCCGCGGCACAGGCGAAGGAUUCGAGAAUCGGCAAAGUGAGGAUCCGGCUCUCGACCUUGGAAAUGGAUCGGAUAUACACGCAUUCGUACCCGCUGAUCGCGCUGCAGCCGUCGGGGGUGAAGAAGAUGGGCGAGCUCCAGCUGGCCGUGCGGUUCACGUGCCUGUCGCUCGCGAGCGUGAUCUACCUCUACGGCCACCCGCUGCUCCCCAAGAUGCACUACAUCCACCCCUUCACCGUGAGCCAGGUCGACAGCCUCCAGUACAUGCUCGACGUGGACUCGCACAUGUGGAGCAUGCGGCGGAGCAAGGCCAACUUCUUCCGGAUCGUGUCGCUCUUCUCGGGCGCGGUCGGCGCCUGCCGCUGGUUCGACAGCGUGUGCCGGUGGCAGAACCCGAUCACGACCGUCCUCGUCCACGUGCUCUUCGUAAUUCUCCUCAGCUACCCGGAGCUGAUCCUUCCCACGGUGUUCCUCUACAUGUUCAUGAUCGGGCUGCGGAACUACCGAUGGCGGCCGCGGUACCCGCCGCACAUGGACACGAAGCUGUCGUGGGCGGAGGCCAUCCACCCUGACGAGCUGGACGAGGAGUUCGACACGUUUCCGACGUCGAGACCGCACGACCUGGUGCGGAUGAGGUACGACCGGCUGCGGAGCGUCGCGGGGAGGAUACAGACGGUGGCGGGGGAUCUGGCGACGCAGGGGGAGCGCACGCAGUCGCUGCUCAGCUGGAGGGACCCGCGGGCGACGGCGCUGUUUAUAAUGUUCUGCCUCGUGGCCGCAGUGGUGCUCUACGUGACCCCGUUCCGGGUGGUGGCGCUCGUCGCGGGGCUCUACGUGCUCCGCCACCCCAGGUUCCGGAGCAAGUUGCCGUCCGUGCCCAGUAAUUUCUUCAAACGGCUACCAUCCAGGAUCGAUAGCAUGCUCUGAGAGGCGAACCGAAUGGCCGGAGAAAGGCAAUACGUACACAGGGGAAGUAUAACGUGAUUAAGUAACGUGAUCUUGGGUUAUCUCUUAAUCAAGUUAUACCAUUGGUUUUUGGUGUGCGUUGUCGCGUGAUUACACUCUUAUCAUGUUUGUUUUCUCCUCCUCUUUUAUUUUAGAGUUCUCCUGUUCCGUGUGUAGAAGAAUGGCUUGUUGAGGGAGGGAACUAUGUAUUACUUCAGAGAUGAGGUGAAUAAGUUGAUGGUGUUAUUUCAUAUUA